CGAUUUCUGUCGGCCGGCACGCCCACUUUUCACUUUCCUCUUCCUCGGUGUUUUCAUUUUUCAUAACAUAAGCGACCUUAAUCUUCAUCGUCUCGUGCGCUUUUCCGCUGGAAAAUGCCGGCGUCCGUUUUGCUCGGCAAUAUUGCGGUCAAUGAAAUGGCACAGGAGGAGGAAUGGUCCGACGACACAAAACUGUUCAUGCCGUACGACGUGGAGCAGAUCUUGCUUGCCGACAACGCUAACUGCGUGGCCGUGCAGACCUUUUUAAAAAUGUGCAAUCUCCCGUACAAGGUUGAUUACCGCAAGAAUGCUGAAUUCAUGUCUCCAUCAGGCCGAGUUCCUUUUAUUCAGUGUGGAAAAUAUCUAGUGCCGGAAUUGGACCACAUCGUAACUUUUGUAAACAACAAGGGUAAAAGCCUGACGAGUCACUUAAGCGACAAACAAAGAUCCGACAUGAGAGCAGAUUUGUCUCUAAUUAACAAUGUCCUAGUAAAUGCGGAGCUUUAUUUGACUUGGGUUGAGCCUGUUACUCUGAAAGAAGUGACUAUUCCACGCUACAGCUCGGUGUACCCUUGGCCACUGGGCACUAUCCUCAGCUACACUAAAAGAGCAAAGGUUAUUUCGAAACUGAAAGCUUUGCAGUGGUACGACAAAAGCAUCGAAGAGGUUUACAGAGAGGUGGACAAAGUGUGCAGCAACCUUGCUAAUCGAUUGGAAAAUAAUCAGUUUUUCUUUGGAAAGCCUACUGAGUUAGACGCCCUUGUCUUUGGUCACCUGCACACUAUCUACACCACAAAACUUCCAUACAGCGGUCUGUGGGACACGGUCAGGUCCUAUCGGAAUCUAAUUUCCCACACAGACAGGAUCAACAGCUUGUAUUUUUCUAAGAAGGGCUAAUUUUGUUAGUUCACAGUAUUAUUAGGUUGUGACAAGUCUCUGUUUGACUUGCUUAUAGAUCUAUGCAAUCGUUGGCCAAUACAGUAAACCAAAACUGCAAAUUA